GUGCCAUUACCUUACGGUCACCCUGCUCGAAGAAUCACACGAGAAAUGUAGGCCACGAAGUUGAUGCGUGGUUUCAUUUUCAGAACGCUUAAAAAAGCGUACGUUUCCUCAAAACUGUGGCAUUUGAGGAAUGAUAUUGUAGUAUUGGCUAUAAGGUGUGAAAUAGAAGCUGAAUAAGUCCAGUGUGUGGACGGUAAUCGGUGAAAUCAUGGGCACGUUUGCUGGCCAUGCCCUUCCGGGUAGCUUCUUCAUUCUGUUCUCCAUAUGGUGGAUGAUACAGUACGCAUACGAGCAAAUCGCAUUGGACAACGGUCGACAGCAACCACGAGGCCGAAUCAUGCGGACUCUCCACCGCCUGCCCAUCGAGGGUAUCACGGUGGUCCUGGCUGGUUUCAUCGGGUUCAUUGCAGAGAACAUGUAUCCCUCCCCCAAGUGGGGCAUCUUCGACAAAGACGGGAAUUUUGCCUACACCCAUGUCUGGCAGCACUGCGAGAUGUACACCUUCUUUGCUCUCUACGGCCUCGCCGAUAUCCUCUCCAAGACCUGCAUGCCAAAAGCCGAGAAGUACACCAAGAUCUUGGGCAGCUUGGCAUUCUUCGUGGAAGGGUUGCUGUUCCAUUUCCACACUGUCGGGCGCACCACCAUCGAUACUCAUCUCCACAAUCUUCUGGUGUACGCCAUCGCUGCUUGUGUGGUGCUCACCCUGGCUGAGGCAUUCUACCCUAAGGAGGGUCGAUUCCGCGCCCUGCGUUGUGUGGCAGUCCUCCUGCAGGGCACCUGGUUCUUUCAGGUGGGCACGGUCCUCUACUGGCCACCAUCUGGGAAACCCUGGGAUGACGAAGACAUGGCCAAUCUGAUGUUUCUGACGGAGGCUUUUGCCUGGCAUCUCCUGGUGGAUAUCCUCCUCAUGUUGAUGGUCUACGGAAUCUCCUGUCUUGUCCUGAAGAAAACCGGACUCACUGCUGUCCACUACCGCAAAAUGAAUGGCAUAGCUGAUGGUGAAGACAUCGAAUUUGGCACAAGAGUAUUACUGGACAAUGGUGCACCGAACAACCUGGAUUCUGACAAUGAAUUAUUUGACAGCAGUCCUCAUUAAAGUACAAGGCAUGGGCAUGAUGAAAUCACUCUGUAAAUCUCUAAAAUUGCAACUGUCUUGCUUAACAUUAUAAAUGUCAAAUUUUUAAAAAUAUGGAAGAGUAGUUCAAGCCUUGAUACACUUAAUCACAUUAUUGCAUGUAUUUAGUAGGGCCGCAAUCAGCACAUUAAUCAAAGGAUGUAGAGCUGUAGCCUUGAUAUCAUGUAGCAGAUCACAGUCCCAUUGAAAGGUGCUUAUUAACUAUUGUGUUAUUCAUAUUCUUGCCAGCAUGCAAAUUUUCCUCAAAUCAGCUGAUUUCCUCGUUUUUCACAUCACACUAACAAAGAGUUCUGUGAUCUCAUGGUCUGGUGUGUUGUAUUUCCUUCCUCCAUGGCUUAACUCAAGAUCAUGUGGUUCUUAAUCAAAUUAGGUUUUGCCCUUUACCGACGUUGAAACACUGUAUUCUCAGUGUGUUACCUCUCGAGUGAAAGUUGGGGGGAAAAAAACCCACUUGGGUGGGACUCGAACCCAUGACCUCCUGCUUUCUAGUGCAGGCGUCUUACCACUCUGCACUAGAAAGAAGGAGGUCGUGGGUUCGAGUCCCAUCCGAGUGGAUUUUUCCA